GAUGAUACAACAGAGCUCGUUAUGACGACAUACACGUUUUAAAUCAAAACCUUGUGACAAACUACAGCGAGUUACAACCUGACCUCAAACAGAGAAACAUCUCAGUGGGAAUGGAAACAACUAUGGAAAGUACACCAGAACUACAAGCAAACACAACUUCAAUACCGCUUCAGUAGCUGUGUUCAGCGGACAUGGAGAAAAGUGUUAAGCUUCAACAAAUCCGGGGGAUUGCUAGACAGAAGGAGGUAGCUGCCAAGCUGGAAACUCUGCAGCAGGACUGCGAGAAGAAGGUGAGCCAGGUCAUCCGGGAAAAGGAUGAUGUGAUCACCAGUGUCAGGAAGGAAAGGAUGGGACUGAUGGAGGGAAAUCUGGAGAGCUUCGCCAAGGUGAGAGCAUUAGGGACACAGAUCCGCCAGAGACAGACAGAGGGAAAGGAGAAGAACUUUAACAAAAUACAGGAGCUGCAGAAACAGGAGUGGCUCAACAGGGAACAGGAGUGGCUCAACAAGGUGAGCAAGAUGGAGGAGGAGAUGAAGCUCCUGAUUCAGCAAUAUUUCGAGCUUCAGAGAAAACAUCAAACAAAGACAAGGCCAAGAUGGCAAAGGAUGAAAGAAAAGGCAAAGGAGACAGAAAAGAGGCUGAAGAAGGAGAGAAAAGAGGUGGAGGAGAGAGAGGAAAAUUAAAGGAAGGAUAAGAAAAGAUUAAAGACAGAGAAGAAAGAAAACAAGGAAAGGGAAAAAAGAGAUGAAGAAGGAGAGUGAAGAAACAGCAGUCCCCUCCAACCAACCCUCCAACCGCAAGCCUUUACCAGCAAAAGAGGUGUCAUUAUUAGUAUCUAAUUA